AUGAUGGAGUCUCCUCCAAUGCAUAGAAGCUCUACAGUUCAUAAAGAUCCCUCGAAAUCAGACAGUUUAUGUGAUCGCUCUGUGACUGGCAAUUCAGACCAUGAUAUCUGGAUUUGGAUUAUCGAGUAUUUUGCCAAAUUCAAAAAUGAGAUUUGGAUGCUUCAUGAUGUCUUUGAAAUGGGUCCUAAGCUUCCAGAUUAUCUAGGUGAACAUACCAAUGAGAUGGUAGCUUUCAGAUGCUUAGCUUCUUUGUUUGAUUGUUCGACUUCUGGACAGAGUAAAGAUGUUGUCUCUGAUGCUAAUAAUAAGUCAAAGAUCGAGUUCGAUUCGUCCAAGAGCUGUGAAUAUGUACUUCAAUGUAUCUUGGAUGAGGUACCUUUGUUGGAACUGAAACCAGGUGCACCGGGACUAUCAAAGUGGAAUCUUCUACCCUAUAUCAGAAGCAAACUUCUUUGUCUCCCAAAAUGCGCUUUGGAACUGAUGAUAGAGACAUCCUGUGAGAAUGAAACUGGAGUAUCGCCUUGUAAGGAGCAAGAGACUGAUCAAGUUACACCUCGAGUGGCUGCUGAUGCAGAUCUUACAGGGAGAAAAGAAGACGGACGAUCACUUUGUCGCGACACUGUGGAUGAGACUGAUGAGAUUAGCAGAUCCCACGCGUCGCUUGAAAGAAGAAACAAUGGAUAUCAAAAUGAAAGCAAUGGUCAUGUGUCAAGUCCAUCAGAGAACAGAUACAUAUGCAUUCAGUGCAAAGAAAGUGGGAAGCUCUUGUUCUGUUCGGGCUAUGGAUGUACAGUCAUGGUUCAUGAGAAAUGUGUUGCGGAUUCAUCACCACCUGCUUAUGAUGAUGCUGGAAACUUUUACUGCUCUCUCUGUGUUAUUACUUGUGUUUCAGCUGAGUAUCUUCAAUCCCAAGAUGAAGUUGCUAAAGCAAAGGAGAAACUAGUUUCGUUUCUUAGUCUAAUGUCAGAGGUUAACAAAAAGAAAAUCAUUGAUGGUUCUAGUCUUUGUAAUAUAAAGCCUUGCUCAUAA